GGGGAACAGAGGAAACAGGGGAGAGGAGAGUCAGCUGUGUGUUUCUGAGAGGGUGUGGAGAGCCCAAACAGGUGUAGCCUUCAGUGUGGAGCAGGGCUUUCUGCAUGCCUCUGAGGCUUCAGCAUGGAGAUGAACACAGUGCCUAAGAGCCACCCUGACAAAGGGAAGGACAACCAUGCUUUUUUGGCAGAGGAGAAAGAUCUGACACGCAUCGAUUUGAACCUUACUUCUGAAGAUGGAGAAGAUGCUCACGACGACCAACCAAAAAGUUUCCUACAGAAGAAUGUGGAGUGGGCAGAGGCCUGCUUGAUGAAGAACAAGGACAGGAUUAUAUUGGCCCUACUCCUAGUUUUACUUGCAGGUUAUGCUGCCAUGUUGAUAGCGGCCUGUAUUCUGAAUUACAAACAAGCUGUUGAGCUGCUGGCAGUCACAAUUGUAGUAAUUUUCUUUCUGGCCUGGGAUUGGUUAAUGCAACGCUACGGUGACCUUCUAUGCCAGAAGUUCUCUCCCAUCUGUGAGCUGUGGGACGGCAACUGGUUUUGGAUCAAAUGGGUGGUGUAUGCGGUGUUACUGGUGAUGCUGGUGUGUUGGCUUGUGUUUGACACGGCCAAGAGCGGAACCAGGCAACUGGUGUCCUUUGCUGGACUGGUGCUUCUUAUCCUGCUCAUGGCACUCUUCUCCAAACGCCCCACCAGGAUCCAUUGGAGAACUUUGUUUUGGGGUGUUGGGCUACAGUUCGUCUUUGGUCUGCUCAUGCUCCGGACGGAUGUUGGCCUAAAAGCGCUACAGUGGGUGGGAAACAAAGUAGAGACCUUCCUGUCCUACUCAAAUUCUGGGGCCAAAAUGGUUUUUGGUGAGAGUUAUGAGGAUCACUUCUUUGCAUUCAAGGUGAUGCCUUCUAUUGUCUUUGUAAGCACCAUCAUUUCGGUCCUCUAUCACGUGGGUUUCAUGCAGUGGCUCAUUCUGAAGAUUGGUUUUGUGAUGCAUGUAUCCAUGGGAACCUCUCUAACGGAAUCGACAGCUGCAGCAGGGAACAUGUUCCUGGGACAGACCGAGUCCCUGCUCCUGAUUCGUCCGUACAUCCACCAGAUGACCCGCUCUGAGAUCCACGCCGUUACGGCGGGUGGGUUCGCUAGCGUCUCUGGGAGCAUCCUGGCGGCCUAUAUCUCCCUGGGGGUGGAGGCCUCUCACCUCCUGACAGCGUCCAUAAUGUCAGCACCGGCCUCCCUGGCCAUCGCCAAGGUGUUCUGGCCGGAGACGGAGCCUGCCAAGGUCAGCAGGGAGAUAAAGAUGCCCAGAGGGGAGACAAACAACUUGCUGGAGGCUGUAGCUCAAGGCGCGUGUUCCUCUGCGCCAUUGGUGGCUAAUAUAGUCGUCAACCUCAUCGCUUUCGUUUCCAUACUAGCCUUCAUGGACGAGACUCUGUCCUGGCUGGGAGCCUUGUUUGAUUAUCCACAGUUCAGCUUUUCGCUCAUCUGUUCCUAUGUGUUUGCGCCGCUGGCCUUCGUUAUGGGCGUAUCGUGGGAGGACAGCUUCAUUGUGGGCGAGCUGAUUGGCAUCAAGACGUUCUUGAACGAGUUUGUGAGCUAUGAGAGGCUGUCUGUGCUCAUCAAGAAUAGGGAGGAAGGGAAGCCUGAGUAUGUGGGCAUCGUUAAGCAGUAUAUAUCGAUUCACUCCCAAACCAUAGCUACCUAUGCUCUGUGUGGCUUCUCUAACUUUGGCUCCCUGGGGAUGAUCAUUGGCGUGAUGAAUACCCUGGCUCCAGAGAGAAUAUCAGACUUCACCGACUGUGGCCUCAGAGCGUUGACGGCAGGAAGCGUGGCCUGUUUCAUGACUGCAUGCAUCGCAGGUAUUCUAUACGUUCCGGAACUCCAGUGUGAUUCUGUGUUUGGAGCGCUCGCCAACAUCUCUGUAUGGAAUACCAGCACUGAGAUAUCUGAAUGCUGCUGCCAGCUAUACAACAGUGUAAAGGCGACCACUCCAAUGAACAUGACCAAUGGAACUUCCAUUUUACAACGUUGCUGUGCAUUUGCUCCCUCUGCUUUCUUUAACUGUACCAUUGGGCUUGAAGCGAUCAUCCCCCAUGGUGUAAAAUGUCAUUAGCAUAAGUAUGAACAAAGGAUUCAAUGAGUAGGAAUCAAUUUUAAUAGGAUGACCAAAAACAAGAUGUAGCCUCUGUGAUUGCUUAGAGAAAUUUUGUUAAAGGAGCAGUAUGUACAUUACUAUUACAAUAACAAAGAUAACCGAUCGUUAUGGGUUCAAAUGUUUUAUUUGCCGGCUACAGCUUUCCAUAAUCGAUUUUGGUGCGGAUAUAAUUAUUGCGUGGGAAAUCGCAGCAUUUGUGUGCAGUCCCAUUCGGAUCCAUAAUUAUAAUUUUUGCACAGUCUUGGGAAAAAAAUCGUUCAAGGAACCUCAUCCCUUGAUGCAUUCGUAGAAGUAGCCUAGCCCUUUCCAAUGACACGGUAGUCAUUAAAAAAGGGAGGGUGAGGGGGCAUUUAAUUGGCUGCAAUAUGCAUUUUUACCACUAGAUACUACUAAAUUCAUCCCACUCAACAUUUAAUAGUUUCUAUUCUUUUAUUGCUGUAUAACCUAGGCUAUUUUUCUAGCCUAAUUAAAUGUACAUUUCUGUACUUCUGUCCUUGAAUUAUUAAUAGUGUUGCUUUGUGUAUUUCAUCAUAUGUUUUCUAUUGCAUUUUCUAUUGUUUUUUGUUUAUUUGUGUUU